AUGGCAGCCAAGCCAUCUUCUGGUCUCAGACUCAAACUGGAGGAGCGGCUUACCUGCCCUGUUUGUCUUGGCCACUAUACCAACCCUAAGAUCCUACCCUGCCAUCACUCUUUCUGUCAGCACUGUCUGGAGGGAUUACCUCUGGAUAAGAAGAGUGAGAUCUAUUACUUCUUUUGCCCCACUUGUCGUCGUCGUACAAAGUUACCAGAAAAAGGAGUAGGAGCCUUUCCUGUAGCAUUCCACCUCAACGACCUCAAAGAGAUGUACAGCCUAACAAAGAAGACAGCUGAUCUUCAAGAGGCCAUGUGUAAUGAUCAUGGCAAACCUUUGGAGCUAUUCUGUGAAAGGUGUGAUACAGUGAUCUGUUUACACUGCUCAGUUCGUAAUCACAGAGGUCAUGAAUGUGACUUAAUUGCUGACAGUUAUACUAAACACUGUCAAAAGUUAAAAGAAUGUUUAAUACCUUCAGAGAGGAAACUGACAGAGCAGGUGAAGAAGGUCACUGAUGAUAAACUAAAGGUGCUAUCAGAGCAAAUAAAGUCAGCAGAAAUGAGUUUAAGUCUUCUGGAGGAUGUUGAAGAAUAUGUGAAUCAGAGUAUUAAGACAAGCAACUAUGAACAAGUCCUGAGGUCUAGGAAACAGAUGAUGGAACAUAUGAUUGAAGUUACUGGAGGAAUCAAUGUGGAGGAGUUACAUCCAAAGGAAAGAGCUGACUUUGUAUUGACUAAGGAUAUCAAAUUGCUACAUCACAUUGGAGAUAUUGUCCCACUACAACAGUGUAGAGUGAAGAAGAUUGGUCGUAUUACAACUGCUGGCAAAGCAGUUUUGUUUUCAUUAUCAAUGGAGGCACCAGAUUCAUCUCUUUUGUCUGUUCGGACUGUUCCCCUCUCUUCUCUCAGCUUAAAAGUACAAGUUUAUGACGUACACCUUGAGGAUAUCUCACUUGUCAUCCCUAUCAAUCCUUACUUUGAUAACAUCACUCCAGUACGUACUAUAACUGGGCUUAACCGUCCCUGGGGAGUUGCUGUGACUGAUGAUGAUCAUGUUUUAAUAACUGAGUAUGGUGGUGACUGUGUAACAAAACUAGAUAGAGAAGGAAUGAAAGUAAAAUUAAUCAGAGGGAAAGGAAGAAGUAGCAGUGCUAUUAUUUCUUCUCAUUGUGGUGCAGCAGACAAAUUCUCUGAUAAUGAUUUCAGGAUCCAGAGGAUGAGCAUGGAUGGAUGGAUACCAUACAUUAGUUGUCAAGGAUUAGUGUACAUUGCUGAUAAUGCUAAUCAUAGCAUUCAGAAGUUCUCUGCAGAGGGAAAGUUUGUGAGUCAGUUUGGUACUUGUGGAUUUGGUCCUGGACAGCUUAAUAGUCCAUAUGUUUUCACUAGUGAUGGUGUGUUUGUUAAUAGGUUUGGGAGGCCAGGCGGUAGUAUUGGUCAGUUUAAAGGUCUUUAUGGAUUAGCAUUAGAUAAAAAUGGAUUUUUGUAUGUUUGUGAUUGGAAGAACAACCGACUUGUUGUUUAUUGA